AUGAGGACGGCAAAGGCACAAGGGAGGAGGAGUCCAGUUAACAAUGCGAUCGAUACGAAAUGGGUGCCGAGCGGCCGUCGGCAAAGGACCAAAUCCGAGUUUAUCGAAAACAUAGCUCGAAACGGUACAUUUGCCGAAGAGCUCAAAGACAUGAAUGAACGCCUCGAAGAGCUGAGGAGAUUUACCCUUACAAUGUCACCCGUCGUCCCCCUGUUCAAGGCCUUGGAAGCCAGGACAGACAAGUUCAGGGAAAGUCUCAGGGAAAGUCUCAGGGAAAGUGUCACGGAAAGUGUCAAGGAAAGUGUCAAGGAAAGUGUCAAGGAAAGUGUCAAGGAAGUUCCCAAGGAAAGUAUCAAGGAACUUGUCAAGGAUGGAGAGCUCUCCGAGGAUGAAGAAGAGCUCUCUGAGGAGAACAUGAGCCUCGUGACCAAGUGGGCGCUGGAAAAAGAACUGGCAGCGUGGAGGCACGCGCAUGACAAGUUACUGGAGCGUAUACACGCUGCAAUCAAACACGUCGUGAAGAAGUUCUUUGUUCGUCGCGGACCGGUCCUGGGCGAGAGGGCAGGAUAUGAACGGAAGAAGCACAUAUCCGUGCAGGAGAGCGCCUGGGUGUUGAAUGAUUUGAAGGCUACGUUUCCGGAGGCUGUGGAGGAGUUUGGGAAGCAAGCACGAGCUGGGCCAGCGGAUGGAGGCGGGUGUGCAGCUCCGCCGAAUUCGAGGGCUGACAUGUUGUCGUUGUUGGACUUUGUUGGUGGUGGUCGUUCUUCCCAAUCAUCAUCAUCACCACCACGACCACCACCACUACCAAAAUGGCCCCCUCCAACAAAGACACUGAUUUCUUAUACGAUGCCAUCAAGUUCUACGCCGUCGACUCCUUCAGAGCCAAGCAGAAGUACAGAGAAGAAGAGGAACCAAGCGGAGAGUGAGGAGCCGCAAGAGUUGGCUGUGCGCGUCAAGAGGACGAAAGUUGAUGAGAUGCAAUCACAACCCGUAGCGCGCGAGGGUGAUGAGGAGCGGAAAGCUGUUGGUGUGGUGCCCACGGAGCCAAAAGUUCGUGAAGGUUAUUGGCACUGA